AUGUAUGCUGUCUCCAUUGACAGCCAGGCCCGCUGGUGUAGGUGUGGAAUACUAAUGAACUGUGUGAGCACAGAGUGGUGUGUCUCAGAAGUGUGCAUGCAUUAGAGACACAGAGUGGAGCUCUCAGGGGGCCACAGUGAACGGGGCCGCUACAAACUUCAGUUAUCUAAGCACUGAGAGUUAGUGAGAGUUUGAUUACUAGUAAAAAAUAACUUAAAUAAGGCAAACGGUCUCUCUCUGUUUCUCUGUCUCUGACUCUCUCCCUCUUUUUCUGUCUCUAUUUCUUCCCUCUCUUUCUGUCUCUCUUUCUUCCUGCUUGAGGAUGGGAAAAUAUCUGUUGUUGGAAACGAAACAGAUGAAAAUAUGAUGAAAAAGAGAGGUUUGAUGAUUUGAAAGAGCUGGGAUUGAGAUUGCAGGAGGUUAUGGCGGCCGGGGUAUUCAGGGGUAUUUCUUUUUUAUCGGCCUGAGACUUAGUCCAAUCAUCUGAUCGCUCAGGUCUGAAUCUGUUCCUGAUUAGAGGAGAAAGAUGAAAAGAUGAAAAUCAGUGCUGUGCUGCAGACCUUGAAAUUGAACCACCCCAUGCUCAGGUCGUACCUCACCGUUUCAAAUAGUUUUAUCCCCACUGGACAUGACCCUGGUCUAUAGCAAUGUUAUUGAUGAAUUUUCAGAGCAGGCACUAACCCUGUGGGUUGGGAGGGUGGCUAGGCCUGAGCCGGGAUAUCCCUGUGGGUUGGCAUUGUAGGGUGGUGAGGCCUGUGCCUGGCCAUCCCAGGACAUAAGGGGCCAGUGGGCAGUCUGGAGGAACACAUGGUCUCCAUCUGCAGCCCACUGGGACAACCCUAACUAACACUUUAAUUAAUGAGAGAACAAUCCCACAAAAAUCCCACAGACAGACAGACAUCUCUGUGUCCUCAAUGGACCAACAAACUCUGCCAAUGAUGAAUUAGUGGACUGGAGAGUGGAGCCCUGCAAUAACCCCACAAGCGCUUCUCUCAACAGGAAAACGCUCAUCCAGAUGCAGCGCUCCUAGUGGCCGGGGACUUUAAUGCAGGGAAACUUAAAUCCGUUCUACCUAAUUUCUACCAGCAUGUUAAAUGUGCAACCAGAGGAAAAAAAACUCUAGACCACCUUUACUCCACACACAGAGACGCAUACAAAGCUCUCCCUCGCCCUCCAUUUGGCAAAUCUGACCAUAACUCUAUCCUCCUGAUUCCUGAUUAUAAGCAAAAACUAAAGCAGGAAGCACCAGUGACUCGGUUAAUAAAAAAGUGGUCAGAUGACACAGAUGCUAAGCUACAGGACUGUUUUGCUAGCACAGACUGGAACAUGUUCCGGGAUUCUUCAGAUAGCAUUGAGGAGUACACCACAUCAGUCACUGGCUUCAUCAAUAAGUGCAUCGAUGAUGUCGUCCCCACAGUGACCGUACGUACAUACCCCAACCAGAAGCCAUGGAUUACAGGAAACAUCCGCACUGAGCUAAAGGGUAGAGCUGCCGCUUUCAAGGAGCGGGACUCUAACCCGGACGCUUAUAAGAAAUCCCGCUAUGCCCUCCGACGAACCAUCAAACAGGCAAAGAGUCAAUACAGGACUAAGAUUGAAUCGUACUACACUGGCUCUGACACUCGUCGGAUGUGGCAGGGCUUGAAAACUAUUACAGACUACAAAGGGAAGCACAGCCGCGAGCUGCCCAGUGACACAAGACUUCCAGACGAGCUAAACCACUUCUGUGCUCGCUUCGAGGCAAGCAACACUGAAGCAUGCAUGAGAGCACCAGCUGUUCCGGAUGACUAUGUGAUCACGCUCUCCGUAGCCGAUGUGAGUAAGACUUUUAAGCAGGUCAACAUUCACAAGGCCGCAGGGCCAGACGGAUUACCAGGACGUGUACUCCGAGCAUGUGCUGACCAACUGGCAAGUGUCUUCACUGACAUUUUCAACAUGUCCCUGACUGAGUCUGUAAUACCAACAUGUUUCAAGCAGACCACCAUAGUCCCCGUGCCCAAGGACUCUUAAGAUAACCUGCCUAAAUGACUACCGACCCGUAGCACUGACGUCUGUAGCCAUGAAGUGCUUCGAAAGGCUGGUCAUGGCUCACAUCAACAGCAUUAUCCCAGAAACCCUAGACCCACUCCAAUUUGCAUACCGCCCCAACAGAUCCACAGAUGAUGCAAUCUCUAUUGCACUCCACACUGCCCUUUCCCACCUGGACAAGAGGAACACCUACGUGAGAAUGCUAUUCAUUGACUACAGCUCAGCAUUCAACACCAUAGUGCCCUCAAAGCUCAUCACUAAGCUAAGGAUCCUGGGACUAAACACCUCCCUCUGCAACUGGAUCCUGGACUUCCUGACAGGCCGCCCCCAAGUGGUAAGGGUAGGUAACAACACAUCUGCCACACUGAUCUUCAACACAGGGGCCCCUCAGGGGUGCGUGCUCAGUCCCCUCCUGUACUCCCUGUUCACCCAUGACUGCAUGGCCAGGCACGACUCCAACACCAUCAUUAAGUUUGCCGACGACACAACAGUGGUAGGCCUGAUCACCGACAACGAUGAGACAGCCUAUAGGGAGGAGGUCAGAGACCUGGCCGUGUGGUGCCAGGACAACAACCUCUCCCUCAACGUGACCAAGACAAAGGAGAUGAUUGUGGACUACAGGAAAAAAAAGAGGACUGAGCUCGCCCCCAUUCUCAUCGACGGGGCUGUAGUGGAACAGGUUGAGAGCUUCAAGUUCCUUGGUGUCCACAUCACCAACGAACUAUCAUGGUCCAAACACACCAAGACAGUCGUGAAGAGGGCACGACAAAGCCUAGAUCAUCGACGGGUCCUCAGAUCCUCAAAAGAUUCUACAGCUGCACCAUCGAGAGCAUCCUGACUGGUUGCAUCACCGCCUGGUAUGGCAACUGCUUGGCCUCCGACCGCAAGGCACUACAGAGGGUAGUGCAUACGUCCCAGUACAUCACUGGGGCCAAGCUUCCUGCAAUCCAGGACCUCUAUACCAGGCGGUGUCAGAGGAAAGCCCUCAAAAUUGUCAAAGACUCCAGCCACCCUAGUCAUAGACUGUUCUCUCUGCUACCGCACGGCAAGCGGUACCGGAGUGCCAAGUCUAGGUCCAAAAGACUUCUCAACAGCUUCUACCCCCAAGCCAUAAGACUCCUGAACAGCUAAUCAUGGCUACCCGGACUAUUUGCACUGCCCCCCCCCCACCCCAUCCUUUUACGCUGCUGCUACUCUGUUAAUUAUUUAUGCAUAGUCACUUUAACUCUGCCCACAUGUACAUAUUACUUCAACUACCUCAACUAGCCGGUGCCCCCGCACAUUGACUCUGCACCGGUACCCCCCUGUAUAUAUAGCCUCCCUACUGUUAUUUUAUUUUACUUCUGCUCUUUUUUUCUCAACACUUUUUUUGUUGUUGUUUUAUUUUUACUUUUUUGUUAAAAAUAAAUGCACUGUUGGUUAAGGGCUGUAAGUAAGCAUUUCACUGUAAUGUCUGCACCUGUUGUAUUCGGCGCAUGUGGCCAAUAAAAUUUGAUUUGAUUUGAUUUGAUCUCUCUGCCCAACGCAAGAGUGGCGCCACCCUCAAAUGCCUUCACUAACAAUGGGUAGGGGGUGUAACUAGAUUUGAAUUUUCAAAUGAUUAUUUUGUGAUUUGAUGAUAGUUUUCUUAUCAAUCUAGUCACAAUAGAGCCAGUCAUGUAGUUAAGAUAUCUAACAUUUCCUCCUCAGUGUUUGGUUGGUAUUUCUAGUUCAGAUGAAAGCAUGCAGAAAGCACUCUAGAUUGACACGCUGUUCUCUUUUGAUGGUUUUUCAGACGUUGCGCUUAUACAUUUCCCCCCUCCCAGAACCACUCCAGCAGAUAAGAGCAGCUUCAAAACCGGCAGGUUCCGCUCAAAUCUUAAGCAGGCAAAUGAACGACUGACUGACUCACAGAUUUGUGUAGUCAAAUGGCUUUGGGAUGUGUGGGAUAGAUGUCUUGCUAGAAUCAGAUCAAUAUCGUAGUGCCUGAAGAGAACAUUAGAGAGCUAGACUACCAUACAACAAACUAAUCACAUCAGGCAUCACGCCACCACCCAUCAAAGUGAAUAAAUAAAUGAGCAUUUGUGGGGGGGGGGGGUUUCAUUGUAAUACCUAUGCUAAUUACUACUCUAAGAUCUCAGAACUUUUCGCUUACAGAUUUUCCAUUGCUGUUAAAAAGAUUUCAGUUAGAUUGUUUGGAAAUGUUAUUUAAUAAGAUUCGGCGCAAUCAACUGACUCAAAGCUAUCAAGCUAAAGAUGUUUGUGUUUUAUUUGUGAUCAGCUGUGUUGUCAAAGCAGGGAUUGUUCUGUGCUUUGGGUGACAUGGCAGUUUGCAGUAGACAUGAUUUUAUCAUUGUAAAGUCUCAAUCUUAAUAGGCAAGAAUGAUACUGACAAACAUCAACUGGAGUCUGCCAGUUUAUAGGGGAAAUUAGGUUAUAUUAUGUGAAUAUCUAUGUCCCUGUGCUGAGGUAGAGGGGAUUCUAUAAUGUGAAUAUCUAUAUUGACCCUAAGCUGACACUGGGUGAAGUUUAUGAUGAUGUCACUGUGUCCUUUGUUAGACCUCCAUAGUUCCCCUCCUGGAGCAAGGUGAGGCCUAAGAGGGGAUUUGCGAGGUUCAGUAACACUCACAAUGGGCAGGUCUGUGAGGAAUCUGGCUUUUCUUAGGAUGUAGCUAUGGCUUGCUGUCAGAAUUCCCACAUUUAAACCAAUAGCUGCAGAUAGAAUCUAGAGUGUGUGUAUGUGUGGUGUGGUGUUCAUCCCUUGAGCAUUGUUUGUACACUUCAUAUACAGAUGACCUAAAAGUAUACUAGAUGUUGAAAUUACAUCUGUGCCCACUGAGCAGGAAACAUACUAGAAACAUACUCAUUACAUUAGAACACUUUUGGCACCAGCAGUGGGCCUCUAGGCUGACUUUAAUUAUUUAAUAAUAUAAGAGGUAAUCUAAUCAUAUUAGAGUCAAUCUCCAGGUUGACUCUAAAUGACUCUAAUGAUUUACGCAUAUGUACCUUGGAUGGUGCCUACAUUGAUCAUGUCCCUGCUUACAAAUAUCCGGGCGUUUGGUUAGACGAUAAGCUGUCUUUUUAAAAGCAUAUUGAUGAGUUAACUAAGAAACGGAGAAUAAAAAUGGGCUUGUAUAGAAAUAAGUCAUGCCGCUCACUAAAGAGUAGAAAGCAGAUCAUUCAGUCCACGUUCCUUCCGGUCAGUGUUGGGGAGUAGUGAAGUACAUGUAGUUCAACUAAUAAUUUAACUACAUUUUGCAGUAGCUUGGUGGUAGUUGAACUAAAUUCAAAUCUAGGUCGUGUUUUCAGUAGUUAAUAACUUUUUUCCAAUGUAGUGGUGUAGCUAACUACUGGAACUACACACUACAUUUUUUUGCAAAAAUAAAAUAAAAUAUGGCAAUCAUUUCCAUUCUUUUUCGGCAUCAGGCCUACAGAAUUCUCACUAGAAACAUGAUUUUUGUGUUUAAUAGGCUAAAUUACACAUUCUGUAAACAUAGGACCCCAAAGUGAUCUGUCCUUGCAAUUUGUUGUCUGACAUUUCAAAUUAACAUAUGAUAACUUAUUAACUUCUUCCAGUAUAAAGUAAUUGGUAGCUUUUUAAACUAUAUUCCCCAACACUGCUUUUGGUACUAGACUAUGGCAACAUCAUCUACAUGAAUGCAGCUGCCACAUCAUCUACAUGAAUGCAGUUUACCAUAGUGCACUUAGUUUUAUCACGGAUGACAGGUUUUGCACCCCAUGUACGGAACAAUCUUCAGAGUCCCUACAACUGGAUGCAUUUUAAGAGCCCAGCAUUGGUGCCUUUCAGGCAGUUCAGAGUGUUGAUUUGAAGACCUCUUUGUUGAGGAAUGUGAUUGUUUUUCAUGAGUGUGUAUUGUAUUUCUGUAUUAUCUUUGUAUUUGUUUUUCUGGUGUAUUUCCUAUGUGUAAUUUGUUUUGUAAUUGUAAGAUGCAGGGCUCCCUUGCAAAAGAGACCUUGGUUUCAAUGGAACUCCCUGUUAAAGGUAAAAUAGGUUCAGUUAGUCGCCAAAGCAGGGAAAACUGUUUAUAAACUAAGUAUAACUGUUGUACUUUUUUACCCUAUUUUUAGCAUUGUGCUUACGUUUACUGUAAAACAGACUUGUGAUUGGCGUUGUUGCCACUUAAUUACAAAUGUCUGUGAUUUUAAUUAUGUCGCUUAUUCUCUGAAUCAUAUUUUCCACCCAAUGUGUGGUCUGCUCCUGGGCUCUUAAAAUGCUCUUUCAGCUGAAAUGGCUGUGCUUUGUUUGGCUCACUCCUUGUUCUUAUCACUGUGGGCAGAACACAUCAUUCGUAGACCAGGGAUUUUAUUGGGAUUUUAUUGGUGGGGGAACAGCUGCAAAAAUGUAUUGCUUUUCCCUGAUCAUUUAUUUGAAGCUAAACUAACGUCUACCAGACUAUGUCUCCCAAGCUAAUGUGGUAGAAGUUGGUCGAUCUCUGUUCUGUUACCCCCCAACUGAACCCAUGUUGUUAGAAGUGAGUAGGCUAAGUACUGUAUGGUGUUAUGUGAGAGGAGAGAUCAUUAAUAUUGGUGGGGCUGACUAACCUAACUUUUCCUCUGCAUCCCUGGCUGCUGUUUUGUGUUCUAUCCUCACUCAGUUCACUGACAGACAAAGCUCUGGAUUGUUUCACUCUUGGUUGCAUCUGCAUAGGCCAUCCAGCUGUACUGUCUCACCCUGUGACAGUGUUUGACGCGGACGUGGGGGGGUGCUGGAGGCUGGAGCUCACUGUGGCCAUGCUCCCCCAGGCCUGCUAGCACAGCAGCUCAUUCUCCUACCUACAAUAUAGCCUCCACUCUGAAUAACUUAACAGAGCAGAGGGGGGAGGGAGAGGCAAGGAAGGAAAGAGGAUCAUCGCCAUGAACAGAUACCAGGAAUUCAUUGCUGUGCAUACAUGUGUUUGUGGUGUGUGUUCGCGUGUGUGCUCAGGUGGGCCUCUAGAGGGAGACCCUGCAGAAGCGAUGAGGCAUAAAAACCUUUCCUGGGUCAAUACAAUGUCUUGACAUUUCAGCCCACAAAUCCACUGAAAAUGAGAGCAGUGAUAAAAAUUUGAAUUGGUAUUCUUGAAAGCAGUAUUGUUGCAGGUAUCUCUGCAUAUUUCCCAGUAUGUGAUGAUGAAUAAGCCUGUGGAUAAAGUCAAGCUUGACGCACAAAAUGUCUAAGCGAUUCGGUUUUAGUCCUGGACAAGGUUUUCCAGAAAUCCCAGUUGGGGGAUUCACAGAUGUUCUGUUAAUUCCCUCCUGAAAACCUUGGAACCUGAUGUAGUGAGGUAGCGCGUGAGGGUUGUGUGUACCAUCCAUAACAGCAACACACUGCCUCUGCCAACUGUCUGUCUCCCUGCCCAGUCUGUCUGUCUGUCUGCAACUUCCUCUCUAAUUCCAGGAAAUGUUAGACAUUGUAAUAUAGCUCAGCUCUGGGCUCAAGUAUAGCCCUAUCCUCAUGUGUAAUCAUCUCUCAUUGACUUUUAUAUCUGAGGCUGAGAGGAGAUCUGAUCCGUCCCAUGCAUGGCAGAUGAUGCCAUUGCUAUUAUUUCUGAAUCUCGACAGGCGAAGAAGCAAUUCCAGCUUUACACCAUGCCCGCCUUUUUGCAAGGCUUGUUGUUUUCCCAUUUGCGUGGGAUUAAAGAUGCUGAAAAUCUUGUUUGCGCUGCUGACUGUGUUUGGGUGAGGCUGUGUGAGGUGGUGUGUGUGGUAGAGGUGAUGGGGUGAGUAAGGAGGGGGAGGGGCAUGCAGCAGUCGCCUAUUUGCAUCCCAUCUCUCCAUCCCUAAUUUCAUAGGCAGAUUACAUGCCUCUAUCAGUAUGUGUCGGUAUUUGCCAAUAUAUUUGUGUGUGUGUGUGUGCAUAUGUACACAUCCAAGUGUGCAUACAUGUUUGGUGAAUCAAUAAUGAAUGAACUAUGAAUGGAGGAUCCUAACGGCUGUCCUCUCUCUCGCUCCUCUGCAGGUGCCCCUGGCUGACCAAGGCGAUCUCCCCCGCUGUGCCUCUCUACAAUGGCGUCGUCUUCCUCUUUGUGCUGGCCAACUUCAGCAUGGCUACAUUCAUGGACCCUGGAGUCUUCCCCAGAGGUCAGUUCCCUUUACUACUGACAGUGUCUGUCUGUAUGAGAUGAAUGGGUCUCUCUCUCUCUUUUUCUUUCUCUCGCUCUCUCUCUUUUUCUCUCUCUCUCUUUCUCUCUCAUCUCUGUCUUCUCAGUACCCAUUAGCUCACAAAGACAACCUGUUGGAGGCAAUAACUGUUCCUUCUCUGCACCAGGCUCUGCAUUACAUACAGACCUGUGACUGAGCGACCAAGCCCUGGUCGAGGCUAAAUAGGCCCACUGCUGCCGCCUUAGGAAAACGACUGGCAGUACUUGAUGUCAGUCAGCUGUUAGUAACAGUAAAGGAAGGGAAACACUGUGUGUGUGUCGUCCACUGUAGAAUCUGCACUGUGGCAUAACAUACAGUAUGUCCCUAAUGCACUCUCCUGGGGGACGGCCCGGCCCCUAUGUUUAGGAAUGAUCGUUGAAUGCGGCCCAUUUACACCUGAUGGUUGUAACGUGCUUGUAAAAUGAUAAGUACCUGUCUUUAAGAACUUCUCUUACCCCCAUAAACAGGUAACAAUUAUUAGGGCACAUAUGGCACAGCAAGGUUACUGUAUAUCUCCCUGAAGUGACAGUGUCCUUCUGGUCUCUCCUCACCGUGGUUGUUAUGGAGAUGGAGGGGAGAGCAGCAGUAGUUUUAUAGAGCGAGAUCGAGUGUUACAGAGAGAAACCUAUGCCCACUAUAGUGAGAUGCCUGUGGCCACAUGGAUAAUCCUACUCCUUCUGCCUCCACACACUGUCUCUGUUUGGGGAGAAACAAACUGCAGUUAAAUCCCUGCUUCUAGGAAAGAUGUGACCUACUCUUUAAUUGGUGUGAAUCAUGUAUGACGUAUGUACAGUGAAUGUGGCUACCAGCUUCAAAUAUCAAGGCUGAUAUUAUUCUGUAAUAUAAAGCCUUGAAAUGUAAAGCCUUAUAUUGUGUAUUGGAUGAUAAAGCCUCUCAUUAAUCUGUCUGCUGAGGAUUGUUUUGAAAGAGCAGACUGCAGGGGAGAUGUCUACAUUCAGUUUCUCAGUCAGUUACCUUUUAAAUCUAUUUGAAGAGUCGGAAAACUCAUAACAACAGAUAAGACUCCCAGUAGGAUUGUGUGUGUGUGUGUGUUCAGAGUGUACUUGUUCAGAAGCCGCUUUCUCGUCUCCCUCCAGGUAUUAAAUGGGGAGAGUGUAAAAUGUGUUUUUAGAUAAAGCCCCAUGAUGAUCCUCCUUUAGGUUGAAUGGGCUCUUUGAUUAACCGAAAGACAUCCCAUGUUAUUUUCCAUCUCUAUCCAGAGCAAUACACUCCACAUAGAAAUAUAAAUAUUGCACUAAGGCUAAGCGUAAAGUGGCUCAUUGUGCAAAGAUCCACUAAACCUGUGGAAAUGUACUUUUUCAGAAAGACAGCAGCAGUGCAAUGACCAGCGGUGUGGAGUGAAUGUGAUUUUUUAGUCAUUCACUGAAAGCUCCGCCCCCGGGCUUUAAACAUUACUGUGUGUUUACUACCUUGUUUAAAUGCAUUGUGUCUAUAAAAUGUCAAUUUGUACAGACAGCUAACCAUGGGAGCUAGCUUAUUUAAGUCUACCUCCUGUUGCCCCUGUCAAAUGGAAUCAUAUAAAUCAGAUUUGUGUGCGUGUGUGCAUGUGUGUGAGUGUACUUUCCUGCUAACAAUGUGUGUGUUGUCUCUCUGUGGCACAGCGGAUGAGGACGAGGACAAGGACGAGGAUUUCCGGGCGCCUCUCUACAAGAACGUGGAGAUCAAGGGAAUUCAGGUCCGAAUGAAGUGGUGUGCCACCUGUCACUUCUACAGACCGCCCCGCUGUUCCCACUGCAGCGUGUGUGACAACUGCGUGGAGGUAAGACACACACAGUCAAAGGCCCAUUGCUCUUGACAGUACAAUGUGGUGUUAGCCUUGUUGCUAUUGGUGACCUCUACAACUGACUGGUAUGUUUUCACAGGUAUGACCUUUAAAUCAACUGUCUGUGAACAAUAUUAAUUCAUUAUUGGAUUGCCAUCAUGUUUUACACCAUAUCCAAGCAGUAUUGAGUAAUAUAGAAAAUUGGUUUCAUAACUUUUUUCCCGAUUUGAAGUCGCAUUCUCCAGCUGUGUUGCUCCCCAAGUAGCCUUCUGAUGUGGCUCUGCCUCGCUCUUUCAUGUACAGUCUAACUCUCCAUGAAAGAGGUCAAAUCUGACUUUGAACUGAAGGUUGUGAGGUAGCCUACUAUAUGUCAGCCAAACUUCUUCCACUUCCACUGAUGCUAUGUUCUUCAGUAGAUACUCAACCACAACCAAAAACUAAAUCAAAGUCAGCUAAAUUAGAUGUUUAAAAAAAAAACCCGACCUCAGAAAUCUGACUUGCAAUCAGAGGUGAUGGAAUUGAUAGAAACAUCUCUGUUGAGUGAAAACACUGAAGCGCUUUAUCAUGUAGUGUAGAGUCUGAUCCUGUUCAUCUCCACUCUACCCUAUGACCAUCGCCUAACACCCAUCUAUCUCUCUGUCCCUCCUCAGGACUUUGACCACCACUGCCCCUGGGUGAACAACUGCAUCGGACGCAGGAACUACCGUUACUUCUUCCUGUUCCUGCUGUCGCUAAGCAUCCACAUGGUCGGCGUGUUCUCCUUCGGCCUGCUGUUUGUGCUGCACCACAUGGAGCGGCUGGGCACGCUGCACACUACCAUCACGUAUCCUUCCACACUGCCGCCAGCUGGGUCUUAUUUCCCCUGUAACAAAACUAGUGCCUUUUGUGUUCUGUUCUGAAGGGCCUAGGGAAAGGUGUGUCUAAGCAUUAAAAUGGACCACUAGACUGGAACCCCUAAUUUUUAUGGUUUGACAGAUGAUCACAUCCUUGCUGGUGGAGUAUGAAAAUGUUGAUUGUUGUAUACAGAAAUGCCUGCUCCUCUAAAAGGGUUGUCUGAAUGGCUCAGUGGCAGCCAUACAGUCAUUGUUGGCAGUGCUGGUUGGUUUGCAGCUGCUAAAAUGGGUCCAGAAAAUGUGCUCUCCUUGACUGUGUGUGCCCAGUCUGGUGGUGAUGUGUAUAGCAGGGCUCUUCUUCAUUCCGGUCAUGGGCCUGACAGGCUUCCAUAUGGUCCUCGUCGCCAGAGGUCGCACCACUAACGAACAGGUGAGAGGGGGCCCACCCAAGAGCAGCUUACAAAGACACAUACACACACUCACAUACAGUACAUUAUAUCGUGUAUCUUACAGGACACAAUAUCAGCAUCGCAUCUUCACUUGCCAACUCAAAUCCGCUAACUAGUUCUAGGUGUGUGUGUGUGUGUGUGUUCUGGCCUUGGGUGUCCUCUCCCUCCCACUCUAACAACGCCUUCUGUUCCUCAGGUGACGGGCAAGUUCCGCGGAGGAGUAAAUCCCUUCACGCGGGGUUGCUGUGGCAACAUCAAGUAUGUCCUGUGUGCUCCCCUGGUGCCCAGGUAAGGAGGACAUGGAUUCCUAGGUGAAGUGGUGUGGGUGGUGGUGGGAGCUGGACAGACAGACAUUAAAAAGUCGACCAGGGGGUUGCCACAGUACCAGUUCUGCUGUAAUCAUUCUGAGUGGACUGCUGAGAUAGAACUGCAACAAUGUCCAAAGCAAGAUGUGUAUAUGUGCUUUUGUACGUGUGCGUACAGUACCUGUCAAAAGUUUGGACACACCUACUCAUUCAAGGGUUUUUCUUUAAUGCAUUCCAGGUGACUACCUCAUGAAGCUGGUUGAGAGAAUGCCAAGAGUGUUCAAAGCUGUCAUCAAGGCAAAGGGUGGCUACUUUGAAGAAUCUCAAAUAUAAAAUAUAUUUAGAUUUGUUUAACACUUUUUUGGUUACUACAUGAUUGCAUAUGUGUUAUUUCAUAGUUUUAAUGUCUUCACUAUUAUUCUACAAUGUAGAAAAUAGUAAAAAUAAAGAAAAACCCUUGAAUGAGUAGGUGUGUCCAAACUUUUGACUGGUACUGUAUAUGUGUAUGUGUGUGGAGGUGUGUCCUGUUCUGCCUGGAUGAAGCCAUCUACCCCUGGGGGAAGGCAGAUGGCUUGGAGAAUUGAAUCACUUUGUAGAACAACAGUGAAGGGGAAAUCAAGCACAGCACAAACACACAAACACACUUUCACAUAUUCAGCAGCCAGACCCCAGAGCCAGAUUAAAAAUACCUUUUGGGAGAUAUUACACUGCUAAAAUUAACAGCGUAGAUAGCUGCAGAUAGACGAUACCCAGGUGGGGAUGAAACAGUUUUGUUAUAAUCAUCAUCAGCCAUUGAAGCCGCCCCAAUACACCCGUAUAGCCUGAGUCCCAGAUCUGUUUGUGAUGUCUUGCCAUCUUCUAUGUAAUUGACUCCCAUAUGAUAAGUCAUCUCUCGUCUCUCCUCUCCUCUAUACAGGUACACAGGUGUGGACCCCAGGAAGAAGCCCCCUGUCUCCAUCCAGCCCCCCUUCAUCAGACCAGACCUCUCUGACAGACAGAUCAGCAUCAAGGUCAGCGACAACGGGAUCCACACCAGCAUCCUCCGGUCUAAAGUAAGCUUCAGUACAUUCAGUAGAUACAACUGUCUUCGUUGUCUAGUCUUAUUCCCUGUCCUGUCCCCUGCCCUGUCCCCUGUCCUAUCCUUAGUCCUAUCCCCCAUUAUGUUCCUCCAUCUGCUGUUGACCUUUAAACCCCUUGUCCUCUCCCAUCUCCAGUCCAAGAUCAGUCUGGAUGGCCUGGCCCUGGAUGACAAAGGCCUAGACACCCAGCCCCCGCUGCCCCCCAAAGCUGACCGCUACAACCAGCUGAAGAGCCAGCUGACAUCCAGCGAAGGUAAGUAGCCCGUAAUGGGCGCUCUAUGCAAUAUCAUGACAUUCAUCUCUCUCUCUUUCUGUGUGUAUCUCUCUCCCUUUCUGUGUGUAUCUCUCUCCCUCUUUCUCUCUCGUUCUCCCUCUCUCUCUCGCUCUCUCGCUCACUCUCGCUCACUCUCUCUCUCUCUUUCCCCUUCUUUCCUUUCUCUCUCUGGUGUAUUGAACCAAACUGCUCUCUCUGGCCUCUUAGACGUGCUCCAUCUCAUCUGAGUGCUAGAGUGAUUACUUAUAUAGCUAGUUGGGCUUGAUGAAUGAACUCCAGUGUGGCAGGACUCUAUGGCUCUUCAUCAGCGAGGAGAAAUUAAAUGUCAUUUGACAUGAGCGGGCCUGGUUCAGUGAACCUGCUCCAGAUUUGUGAUAGACUGUGUGUGUGUGUGUGUGGAGGGGGGGUGUUGUGAGAUGGGUUCAGGGGAAUGUGAGGAGAUAAUUACAGCAUGAAUCACUCUCUAUGUUACUGUAUUCUAGGUGGAGUUCUGCCAAGUAGAAGAAUAUGAAAAUAAUAUGGAUAUUUAUCUGUAGGACCCUAUUCAUAUAAAUGACUGCCUUUUUGUGCUAAAUCAACAUUUUAAGUGAACAAGCUAUUGAGAGUGGGCUAUAGUAAAGGUUUGAUAGCUUUGCCGUUUGCUUCUGGUAGCAUUGUAUAAGGAGAUGGGAUACCACAGUGUUAGUUUUAGGAACACGUCUAGUAAGAUAAACUGGAUAUAGUUACAGAGCAUUAUGGGUACUGUAGUACAACAUGCUACAAAACAUGACAUACACUGCAGGUGUUUUUCUAUACACUGCAAUGGUAUGUAAGGCUACAUCAGCACUGAGUGUCCAAAACAUUAGGAACAUCUGCUCUUUCCAUGACAUAGACUGACCAGGUGAAUUCAGGUGAAAGCUGUGAUCCCUUAUUGAUGUCACUUGUUAAAUCCAUUCAAUCAGUGUAGAUGAAGGGGAGGAGACAGGUUAAAUAAGGAUUUUAAAGCCUUGAGACAUGGAUUGUGUAUGCUUGCCAUUCAGCAACUCAAUAUUAUGUUUUGUACACUCAGUGUAUAGUGUCAUAUUUCAUUGUAUGGACCUUCCUGUUUAUUUUUUCCCUCACUGUAGCUCUACUGCCACUUGGUGGUAUUUUAUGUUGCUGCAUUAUUUGCAGCAACAUGAGGUGAAGACAUAAUGAGCCGUGAAAACAACACUAUCAAUUCUAACCCAACAUAAAUUGGAUGCUUACAUCAUUUUAACAGAGAACAGACUGAUUGUUGUGCUGUGAUCUGAUGACUGUCUGGCUCUCUCUCACACAAUAACAUUGUCCUCUCUGUCCUCCCCUUCCAGAUAGUUCCCUAACUGGUAAGACCCACCCCUCCACCCCGGCCAUGUACAAGUACCGGCCCUCGUUCAGCACCAUCCCUAAAGUCCACUACAACGCGGCAGGGGAGAAGGUCAGACUAAAUGACUGUUAUUUGAUAGUAAUUGCAAACAGGCUUACCCAGUAUUUACUGUAUUCCUGCACAGUUGCGAGUGUGAUUGCAUAUGAAGUUGACAGCCUGUAACAAUUUGUAAUAAAAACUUUUUCAUUAUAAUAUGGCUAGUCAAAAUAAUAGUCCAGUCAUAUUUCUCACUACUGUGUUGUUUUGUCUUGUCAGAUUGUAAUGCCAGAUGACCACCGUAAGGCGUCAGCCAUCUUGGAGGAGGGCCGUUGCCACGUUGACUACCGCUCAGAGCCCAACCUGCCUGACUACCACAACGCCCCUCUCCACCGCACCUUCCAGUCCUCCCCGCUGCAGCUGGACUCCUACCCCAUCACCUCCCGCUCCCUCAGCCUGAAGCAUGCCCACCAUCGCAGAGACAAGGGCCAGCUGCCUGCCCUGCAGCCCGAGACCGUCACCUCCACCCCCUAUAAGAGUGUCUUCUCCCCCAACACACUGUCCAACCGCAACGGCAGCCUCUCCUACGACAGCCUGCUCAACCCCAGCAUUUCCCCAGCCGCAGAGGCAGAGUGCAUGGCCCACCCUGGUAUGCCCUCAAUGGGCUUCCACACACCCUACCUGCCAACCAAAAUGUGCCACGUGCGAGGGCCUGAACUGCAGAGCCAGAGGCAGCAGGUCCCCCCUAGCUUCAGCCCCAUGUUGGGCUCCAGGGGGAUGGGGAUGAGCAGGCAGUCCCCCCAGGACCGGGACCGGGACCCGUCCCCGGUGCGCUACGACAACCUCUCCAAAACCAUCAUGGCCUCCAUCCAGGAGCGUAAGGAGAUGGAGGAGAAGGAGAAGGAGAAGCUGCUGCACCACGGGGGACGCUCCCAGGCUCAGGCCUAUGCCCAGGCUCAGGACUCAGGCAUGUUUGACAGCCCUGGAGGGUACGGCCUGCCUCCCAGCGCCUGCUACCCAGACGGGCCCCGGGGCCCUAGCUCCAAAGGCCCCACACCCCCGGCCUACGGAGGCUCCAGGGACAACCUGAUGGGGGUGGGGGUGGUGAGCUACGGGCCGCGGACCCCCGUGCUGCGCUCCUCUGGUGGCUCCUCUCUGCUACGUGCCCCCAGGACUUCCUCCAUCUCCUUGCACACUGACAGCAGCAUGCAGGGAGGCAGGGCCCCCGAGCCCUCCUACCGCUCCCCGGCCCACCAGCCCCACCACUCCCCCGCCAUGCCCCGAUCCCCCUCCUACACCCACCAGAAACUCUCCUUUAUCCAUGCCCUGGAGAGGACAGACUCACCCCGCCUGGGUGGCCCAAGGUACGAAUCCUAACAUCCCCCUAACGUCUCCUGGGGUGCAUGAAAUGAGCUAAGGGGCUGGGGACAGACCUCAGUCCCCACAGGAAGCCCUGCUGGCUGACUGGGCAGAAACUAGCAGUGUAUGGGCUCUAGUCCCCCCCACACAGGAUAAGUAGUGAGUCUCAGAGAGCUAAGGCUAGGUGUUAACAUGUAGCUUCUGUAUACCACAGGAGGUUGGCAGCACCUUAAUUGGGGAGAACGGGCUCGUUGGUAAUGACUGGAGCGGAAUCAGUGGAAUGGUAUCAAAUACAUCAAACACACAUGGUUUCCAGGUGUUUGAUGCCAUUACAUUCUGCUCCGUUCCAGACAUUAUUAUGAGCCCGUUCUCCCCAAUUAAGGUGCCACCAACGUCCUGUGGUUAUUAUCAUUAUUAUCCCCUCAGCAGCCUCCUGUGCUGUAUACAUACAGUAUCUUUCAGAUAUUAUACCCUUUUUAUCCGAAUGAAGUACUGUGUAUGUCACUGGAUUUAAAUGUUUUGCCUUCAUUUUUCUAAAUUGUCUGUCUUUCGGAUUAAUAAAGUUGCAUUACCCCACUAUCAUUUCCUUCUGUUUGCAUGCUUAUUUCCAUCCUGUCCAUCUCUUACAUCUGGGAGGGCAACAUUAACAUCUACGUCUCUCUAUGCAUGUGUUCACCACCUACAGAAACUCCUACAAUAUCACUAACAACACACUAUUGGUUUACCCCUUAUUUCUUUCUUAUAAUAUUUUAUUUAACAGGAAAAGACACCACAAUUCAUACACAUCAGUCUAUUUCCUUCCCACUUCUUUUAAAAACUAAUUUCCAAAGGGAAAAGUUUGGUAACAAAGUAAAACCGAAACAAAAGACACACAUGCACAUAUAAACAGAAACAGCACAGCUUCCAUAUAAUUCAUUUCAUAAUAAUGUAGAGCUCUCUUACUUGCAUACAAAUGUAGCCGUGUCGCCACUCCCUGCCCCGCGGGGCCCACCGCACUACGCAACCGUGCUCCAACCCAACCCACCUUACCCCUUAUUUCAUAACAUUUAAUACAGAUUUUGGGGUCAUGAAUACAACACUCAUGGUAAUUUAUGCUAGCACCAGCAGGUACACUGGCGUGUGUUUCAUUACUCCUCUAACUAGUGUCAUGGUCAUUUCCAUACUGCAUGCUCCGGGGACAUAACACCAACUACUAACACCACCAGAACAUGCAUGCCAGAACAAUACACACUUUCUGGUGGGACAACUGAAUUAUCUGUGUUUAUAAUCCAUGUGCAUGUAUUAAGAUGGGGGGAGAGAUUAUAUCUAAAGCAAAGUUAGUUCUCACACUCGAAUAACUAUGCCCUCUCUUGUUUUUCUCUACCCAUUCAGAGAGGCCAUGAUGCAAAGUAAAGUGAAUGGACAAAUGAACUGCCAUCUAGGGCCCAACAGUUCCACUCCUCUCAGCCCUAGUCGCCACAGUAAUGUCAAAAAGGUGACCGGGGUGGGUGGCACCACCUAUGAGAUAUCUGUGUGA